CAAGACCAAACGUUUCAAGCUCUAUCCCAGCUAUUUGCAAUGUCUGGAUUUGCAGACGAGAACAUCUACUUCGACGAAGAUCGUCCGUUUCAUACACAGAAAAUGCUCACCGCUCUGAAGAAUUCUGGAUAUAGAACAGCAGUUCUAACGCAGACUGUGGACCUUGUUAAUCAUAUAUCUUCUGCUCCCUUCACAGAUUAUGAAAUGUGCGAGUCUAAGUAUGGUCUCAACGUGUACACAAGACUCACUGCAGUGUUGUCUGAGCAAAGCCACAUUCAGGUGCUAUCUCAAGAUGCAGCCAAGAGUUACGAUCUUGUAGCAGUUCAACCUCAAACAGACAAACUAUUUCGGCAGUGCUGUGGCUCGCUGGACAUUGAUAUUAUAGCACUAGACAUGACUCAACGUCUGCCGUUUUACUUGAGACCUCCGCAAGUUAGACAGGCCACAGAUAGAGGAAUCCAUUUUGAGAUACUUUAUAGUCCAAUGAUUGCAGACUCAACAGCUCGACGUCACAUCAUUUCAACUGCUCGUGAUCUGGUGAAUUUAACUAAGGGAAAAAACAUAAUCAUAUCAAGUGGUGCUGCAAAACCUAUCAAACUUCGUGGACCAUAUGAUAUCAUCAAUCUUGGAUUACUAUUUGGAUUAAAUGAAGGUGUUGCCAGGAAAGCUAUAUUAGACAAUUGUAGGGCUACAUUGCUCCAUGCUCGGGUACGAAAUGCAACAGCAAAAGGAGUUGUAUCUGCUGCUAUGGUUACUGAUCUGAAGUCAGCUGAACUGUGGAAGUUGGAGCAACAGAAAGAUGAUGUGACUGAUGAGCACAAAGGAGUUCAAUACAGAUAUGUGGAUAGUGGAUCAGUAGGAAUGGGGAAAAUGAGCAAACGACAUAGACAGAGUGAAGAUGGAUGUGCAAGUGUGCCUAAUUUUAAGAAAGUAAAGCUGGUUGCUAGUGUCAAGACUAACAUGGACACAGAUCAACAGCAAACUAUAUCAGAAUAGCUGCUAUUAUAAUACAUGUACAAGUGUACACAUCAGUUGUAGCAGUUUACUGUAAGUGCAAGGACUAUGAAUCAGGCACAAUCUAUGUUGAAGAAGAUGGAACGUGAGCAAGUUUGUGCAAAAUGAUUUCUGUUAUUUCAUGUACAAUGUGCAGGUUCUGAGUAACCAGAUAAAUAUCUUGACCUUUACUGCAUCUUUGGCAUUCAAGCCUGUUAAUUAAGUCUAAUUCUAAUGUAUGUGCACGGUGCCCUAAAAUUUAGCAGAACUGGAAAGAAUUCAAUAAAACACAUAAGAAGCCAAAGCAAUGGUUUAAUUUAA